GGAAAAUUCAUCUCUCGGUCUUCUCUGGGUCUUCUCUCUGUGGACGGACGGCGUCCACACGAGCUGCUGGCAGCCAAAGAGAGCAGAGCUGAGGCCAACCUGCGGCACUUCCAGCGCCUCACUUUACGCUUUUAGGUCGAUCAGCGACUCGUCUGUUUUCCCAGCGUUUUUGCCUGCGGCGGAGCGGCUUUUGGCGCAGGGAAAACUGUGCAGCGGUUGCUUCAAGUGUCCGCUCGGAGUCGACAAAAGUUUCCUGCCACGUUUUGACGCAACGUCGGUCCUUUUUUUUUAUUCCGCCCUCCCCAAAUUUUUAUUCUCUUUUUCAACCAUCGUCGUUGGGUCUUGAGGGGAGCUCGGCGCUACUUUCCAGAACUUUGUGUCUCUGGGAGGUUUAGUCUAGUUCGCAGUCUCCAGAAUGCAGCUGCUCGGCCUGGCCUGCUGUCUCUUCUGCUUGCACUCUGUCAACGCAAAUGUACUAAAAGCUGAGGCGUGGCUGCAGAAGUAUGGCUACCUGCCUCCAGGUGACGUCAGAGCGCAGGCCAUCCGCUCACCGCAGUCGAUUGAGACGGCGAUCUCAGCCAUGCAGAGGUUUUACGGACUGACCGUCACUGGAACCAUAGAUACCAACACUCUAGAAGCAAUGAGUCGGCCGCGGUGUGGCGUCCCGGACAAGUUCGGUCCAGAGCUGAAAACCAACCUGAGGAGGAAGAGAUACGCGAGGCAAGGUCUGAAGUGGGACAAGUCCGAGGUCACCUUCAGCAUAGAGAACUACACCCCCAAAGUGGGCGAGAGAGCCACGCAUGACGCCAUCCGAAAGGCCUUUAAGGUUUGGGAGAGCGCCAUCCCGCUCACCUUCAGAGAGAUUCCCUUCAGCCAGAUCAGAGGGAAGGUCGACAAGUACGCCGACAUCAUGCUGUCCUUCGCCGACGGCUUUCACGGCGACAGCACCCCAUUCGACGGAGAGGGCGGCUUCCUGGCACACGCUUACUUUCCUGGUAACGGCAUCGGGGGGGACACGCACUUCGACCUGGCCGAACCGUGGACCACCGGCACCGUGGAUCAGGGAGGAAAUGAUGUUUUCCUGGUGGCGGUCCAUGAACUGGGCCACGCUCUGGGUCUGGAGCACUCCGACGACCCUUCAGCCAUCAUGGCCCCCUUCUACCAGUGGUUUGAAACAGAAAACUUCCAGCUGCCGGACGAUGACCGCCGCGGCAUCCAGGCUAUUUAUGGUUCCAAAUCUGGAGUUCCCCCUCCUCCCCCUCGUCCCACAAAGCCGUCCAAGCCUGACAAACCCGACGAAGGUCCCGACAUAUGCGAGGGACACUUUGACACCAUCGCCAUUCUGAGAGGGGAAAAAUUUGUGUUCAAGGACAAGUGGUUUUGGCGUCUGCGUAACGACAAGGUCUUACCCGGCUAUCCCAGGCCAGCCGGUCAGUUCUGGAAGGGCCUUCCUUCCAACAUCAACGCCGCGUACGAGAGGGAUGAUGGGAAGUUUGUCUUCUUUAAGGGUGAGAGAUACUGGGUUUACAGCGAGUCCACCUUGGAGAAGGGUUAUCCCAAGAGCAUUAAAGACCUGGGCACCGGCCUCCCCAAAGACAAGAUCGACGCCGCUCUCUUCUACACACCAACAGGACAGACGUACUUCUUUAAGGGAACUCAGUACUACCGGUUCAACGAACAGACCCGCAGAGUGCACAGCGACUACCCAAAGCCCAUCAGCAAGUGGAGCGGAGCCCCAGAUAACAUUAAAGCUACAUUCAUGAGUGGAGAUGGAUCUUACACUUACUUCUACAAGGCCAACAAGUACUGGAAGUUCAACAACCAGCACAUGAAGGUGGAGUCCGGCUACCCCAAGUCGGUGCUGCGCGACUGGAUGGGCUGCGACAGCGAGGAGCCCAAGAAGGGCCGGACGGUGAUCAUCAUCGAGGAGGCGGAGGGCGGCUCCUGGGUGGCGGGCGUGGUCAUCCCCCUCCUCCUGCUGGUGCUGGUGCUGCUCACGCUGGGAGCGCUUUUGUUCUUCAGGAAGUACGGCACGCCCCGACGCCUCCUCUACUGUCAGAGAUCGCUGCUGGACAAGGUGUAGGCGGCGCAGCGGGGGCCCGACGGACAGACAGACUGCACAAAGAGGGACAGAGCGAACGAACGGGAGGAGUCUGAAGGAACCGAGAGCGCAGCGAGGAUCGAGGAGAGCGAUGCAACUGUGGGGAGAGGAUGACCGACUGGGGGGCAUCGAAGGGAGACGACAUGUUGGGAGGUUUGUAAGUGCCACAAAAAAAAAAAAAAAAAAGAAAGAAAGAAAAAAAAAACGCCCAUGAAACUGAAAUCAGGAAAAAGUAUAUUUGUAUUUUAACUAUUUACAUGUUCUUGUUUGUGUUGAGAAAUUCAGACCUGCAUAACAAGGGAAACGAUCAGAGACCCGUUCCUUCAUUUUUAUCUUGACGACUCCAGCUGAACUGCUGCCUGAUUCUUCUGACUCUCAAUUUACUUUUGUUUCUCUUCAGCUCUCCUCAGAGGUUAAACGUCUUGACAUUGUUUUCCUUUAGGUUCUGCAACAAAACAUUUUAUCUUCACAUUGUUGCUUUACAGUUAAUGCUAAAAUGCUUAAAAUGAGACAGUUAGUACAAAAUCAGCACCAAAAAUACGCCAGUAUUUUUCAUGCAAUCAGAUUCAGAGAUGCAGCUGAAACCAGAUAUUUACAUGCACUAUAUAAACCGAAAGCGGGACAUUUUUGUUUGCUGUUUUUAACGUGUUACAUUUCAGGAGAUUAAAUACAUUUUCUUAGGAUUUGCUCGGAUUGUCAUUCGAAAUAAAUGACUUGCUCAAGUUUCUCACACUAGUUUGCAGGAAUUUUGUCCCAUUCCUCCUGACUGACCCGGUUGAGCUGAAUCGGGUCGAUCGCGUUUCAAAACUCUUACUUUACUUUCCUUAAAUCCACUUUGAAGCGAGCUCAGUCAAAAACUUUCAUCAAACUUUAAAUUCCUGGCCGAUGUCUAGAGAUAUUUCUUCUUCGUCACUGACUGAACUUUCGUCCCACUGGAUUAACGGCCAAGAUCUCCCUUUAUUUUAUUACCUACUUAGUAUAAAUAUUAUUGCUUAUUAGAACUGACAUAAGAGGAACGUUUUCAUUUCAGGCACUAAUAAUUAAACGUUAUAAAUAUCUGGCUUCAACUGUAAGUAUCUGAUCCAAAAUUUAAGUGUAAGUUUUCCAACAAUUAAUGUUUUAAAAAAGAAGCUUUAUUAAAAAAGAAAGAAAAAAAAAAGAAGGUACUAAUUUUUUUAUUUUUUUUUAGUUUUUUGAUACUGACGUGUUUUUUUUUUAUUACUCCAUUCUCUUUUUACUGAAUAAAAAUGCUCAUUUAUUAUCAUCAUUGUGAUAAAUAUUAUUAUUUGUAAAGAUUGAUGGGACUGAUGGAGUUGUGUGUAGCAGCUUAUCACUUUUGGACAUUGGUAUUAACUUAUGCAGACUUGAACUUUUGUAAUCAGUCGGUCAGACUUCAUGUGAGGUGCUGGAGAAAAUGAAAUGGAUCCAGUAAACAAAAUGUCUAAAAAUAUAUAUAUAAAUAAAAUAAAACAGUUCAGGAAUCCUUCCUGACUUCUGUAAAUUGUAAAAACCCAUUUCAAACUUCAGGCAUUAAAAUGUGCAUCAAAACAGACUCAGUGCAAGCAGUCAGAUGGAAAAUUGAUUUUCAAAUGUGAUGCUUUAACUUGAACAUCCAGUGCUUUUUUUCUUAAACAUGAGCUAAUAAUGGUUUCCACGAUACGGUGCAAUUUUUAUUUUAUUUUUUUUUUCAUUUUAAAUUGUCAUUAUAAAUAUGAUUGCUAUUGUUGUUGUUGUUGUUGUGCUGGGAAAGUCCGGUUUUUGUUUUGGUUUUAUGUGUUGUCAUUAGGUGUCCUGCUGGACAGAGGCGUUACCAUGGCAAUGAGGGAAAUGAAGCCCAGCUUCCAAUCAGAUCAGAGAAAUGUGAGUUCAGGCAGAUUUCAGCUCCGACGGCGCUCAGCGAUCAAUGACAGUGAUAAUGGUGAUGAUAUUUGUGAUGAUCUUAUAAAUAAAACGGAAUGAGAUUUUUCA